CUGUUCAGUUUUCCCGCGCAGCCACCGAGUGCGCGCGCAACACACGCGCGAACGUUUUCGAACGACGACCCGCCGAAUUAAAAACUUGUGCCAUCUGUGUAAAUAAAAAAAAUAGGAAUAUUUUGUCUGUGAUUAGUUUUUAAAAAGUGAGUUUUAGUGUUGUGCCAUUUAUUUAAAGGAUAAUCGAUACAUAAACUGGCGACAAGAUGACGACGAAGUCUUACAGCAAGCACAAGGAGUUCAAAGAGUUCUCCAGCAGCAGCAGCGGCAAUGCGCCCUUCGCGGGGGAACAAUUCGACAUGUUGAAAUCCGAACUGAUCCCGGCGAACAGCAAGCUCAAGAACGUCGGCAACGGCGGCGGCCACCGGGAGUACCACUACGAGUACCGCGAGGAGAAGCUGCCGCACGGGAAGUACGACCGCAAAGAUCUCCACACGGUCGAGGAGUACACAGUACCACCGAAAACGCUGCCGAAGUCAGAAGCCAGCUACUACUACGAGCGUGAGGAACGUGACCUUCCCGCCAUUACCUCAGGCACCAGGACAUACAACUAUGAGUCCAACACCAGUUCCACGCCAGGUUACUCCAAAGUGAAGAGCAGCAAGGUGACCAAAGACCUGUCGCACAACGUGGAAGAGCUGGACUCCCUUCUCGACGACCUGCAAAAAGACCAGGAGCGACAGCUGUACAAGAGUGGCUACACUUCAGACACAGCUGAGAGCACAUCAUUCGACUACAAGCGCGGCACCCCAGCAAAGGCUCCAUCCAGCGGGUACUCCACCCUGAAGCGAGACGAACGCGUGGAGACAUCCUCGUGGGGUUCUAGUCCUCCACCUCCCCCCACCACCACUCGGGCCGCGGAGAUCAGGCAGGAACUGUACCGGGAGGAGAAAACAGAGUCCCGCGUGAUACCGCAGGUGGUGCCCGCGCCGGUGCUGGCGCCCAUUCAGAGCUGCACGCACUGCCACCAUCAGUCCAGCUCCACAGGAACUCUAUCUCGCUCCAGCACGCCCAUGAACAAGGUGACGACAACAGUGAAGACGUACACAUACGAAGUGCCCGCCGAUCAAGACCCGACUACCGUGCCCAUCCCCACCCACGACUCCCACACCUAUGUCAGCGACACUGAGAACGUCCGCACAUUGAGCCGAACUACAACUGGUGUACCAGUAGCGCCAUCUCCCGGCGGCUGUCAGUACUGCCAACACUGCAACACCAGCACCAGAGUGCGCCGUGAUCAAUAUUCCGCCACUGAUGUGUCGGAGCACACGACAGAGCGUAUGGUGUACCCGUCUCCAGCCAACGAAGUGAAGCUACUGCCGUCCAACCCCCCCGCUCCUGUCACCACACAUCUGACGCCGGAGCGGAAUGGACACGGCCCUUAUGCUCCAUCGACGUACAAGUACAGCGAGACGACGUACUCGCGGCACGACACCACGGAGCGCGCCUCCCCCUCCCCGUUCCCGCGCCCCGCCUCGCCCCCGCAGCGCGACCAGCAGCCCCCCAAGCGGCUCGACGACCUGCUGGCCGACUUCCCUGAAGCGAGAUUCCCAACAACCCAAACGGACGGCGUAGUACGCCGCAAGGUAGAAGUGACCCGCGAGUCCCACCAAGCCUCGUCCCCGCCGCCCACGCCCACUGCGAAGGCCCCAGCGGUGGGCAGCAAGAACGUCGCCGGCCCAGCGGUGUACUACCCGCCCGGACACACGCCGUUCGCCAAGAAGGAUGCUCCUAUUGCUUAUACCGCUGGCGGAAGCGCUUCAGCAGCGCAAGGCGGCGGCGCGUACGCAUCGGGCCGCGGUAUGUACGAGUACGAGAGCGGCGCGCGCAGCAAGGAAAAGCACUCUGAGAAGAAAACCGCCGUGCCUAUCUGCCUGCCGCUCUGCUGCGCCAUGCCUUGCGUCAUCAUGUAAAAACAAAUAUAGGCGUUGAUUAGUCUAAUGGUAUCAAGAUUCCAAGUGGAAAUAAACUCUAUUCGCCCAAAAAUUAAAUAAAAAAUGCGAAGACCAAAGCAACUUUUACCUACGUUUCAAAAGAAGGCCUGGGUCUGUUUAAAGCUGCAUCCAGUUUUUCCAAAUAUGACAGGUAUUCGUAAAAUUAGGCAAUUUCUUCUAAAAAAUAUUUUCACAUUUAGUAUUUUGUAUGUCAGACUGACCUUAAAUAUUAUUUUGUGAAAAAAUGAGUUGAAUGAUGUCAUUUGGAAUCUUGGAUGUCAUUUUUAAUCGUGGAUGCCAUUUGGAAUCUUAGUGUAAGUAAAUGUCAACAUUAAAAAAAAUGGGGAAUAUUUUUGAUGUCAAAUGUCAUCAUGGAUGUCAUGUGAAUUAUGUCAACAUUAUAAGAUUUUUUGUUGUAUGAAAGUUGUAUGUAAUUGACAACAUAGUAUGUAAGUGCUAAAACAUGACUUGCCGGAUGUAUUUAAUGGAUAUAACAAAAUUAUCAUAAAAAUCUUAACUGCCAUUGACUUUUAAAGUUUCCCAAAAAGGUGCUAAAUUUUUUAAACGUCAUUUUAUAUCGUAGUUUUAUGUAAUAUAAAUAAGUCUCUAUACUUCUCAAGAAGAUAGUAUAUGAGAACUUGCAAGUAUAGUCAGAAAUGUAUAACUUAAAAAAUACCUAACUUGCAAGUAACAUAAUAACAUUGAAUCUCAAGUCGAUUUUUUAUAAAUAGAAUAUUGAAUAUACCUAAACUCGAAACAAUGCGACUAACAAAAGUGCCAUUACUGAUAUUUUAAAUAUAAGUGUCAAUUACAAAUGUUGUAUAAAUGAAGUGUAAUUUUAUUAUUAAUAAAUUUUAUUAACGAAA